AUGGCACCACAAAUGCCAUCUCAUGGGCGUCGAUCGAGGGCUGAAGUCGACGAUGAAAGUCCAGAAAAUCCUACACCCUCGCAAUCGGCGAAACGACGUCGUACAUCACAUUCCGAAUCUGAAGAAGGAACUCGUGAACCCGAUGCUUCGGCAUCCUCCAGAGAAGAAUAUGGCAGACGACACGGCGGAAAUAACCCCAACAAUCCUACAAUCGCAUCGGGACGCGGCAAGUUUGUCCCAGGAGCCAUAGUUCGCGUUAAGCUCAACAAUUUCGUUACCUACGAGAGUGCCGAAUUCUUUCCAGGCCCAAAUUUGAAUAUGGUAAUUGGUCCAAAUGGUACUGGUAAGAGUUCCUUGGUUUGUGCCCUCUGUUUGGGCUUGGGCUCUUCAGCAAAAAACCUCGGUCGGGCGGACAAAUUGGGAGAAUUUGUCAAGCAUGGUUCAAAGGAUGGUUUCAUCGAAAUCGAACUUCAGAGAAGAAGCAACGAACACGAGAAUCAUAUCAUUAGAACUCGAAUUGUCAAAGAUGGGAAUAGUACCGAAUUUUGGAUAAAUAACAAGAGAACAACCCACAAACUUGUUCAAACUCUGGUCCAAGGAUUCAACAUUCAAAUCGAUAACCUUUGUCAAUUUUUGCCACAGGACAAGGUAUCCGAGUUUGCAGCAUUAACACCCGUCGAACUCCUACAUCAUACACAACGGGCAGUUGCUGCACAAGAAAUGUUGGACUGGCAUGACAAACUCAAGAAUUUGAGGAAAGAUGAGAAAUCGAAGCAACUGCAGGUCGACGAAGACAAGGAACAGUUAAUAAAUCUCGAAAAACGACAGGCGGGGCUACGUCCGGAAAUGCAACGACUCGAAGAGCGAAUUCAAAUUGAGAAGGACUUAGAGAAGCUGAAGAAUAGCAUUCCUUUCGUGGAAUACAGGGCGGCACGUGCCCGGCAUCGGGAAUGCAAGCAGGAGAAGAUAGAAGCAACAAAGCGAUUUCGUACUCUGGAAAGCCAGGUCGAACCGACUCUGAGAUUAGUCAACGAGAAGGAUUCCUUGGGGAAACACUUAGUCAAGAUUGUUUCCGGCCGUAAGAGAAAUCUUCAGCUUGCAGAAGCAACGGCCGAUGAUCUCUUGAAGACAGUUGACGAAUGGGAUGAGAAAAUAGGGGAUUAUGACAGGAGAGUUAAAGCUGUUCAAGUGGCAGAGGAAAAACGUAAGAAAGAUUUAGCGAAAGUUAAAAGGGCCAUACUUGACCUCGAAGUACACCUCCGAGAACCUGAAAUAGAGUUUAAUUCGGCUGAUUACAAUCAGCGCAUUAGAGCAAUCACUCAGGAUAUCAGAGCCAUCCAAGGCAAGCUGAAGGAGCUCCAGGAAAGCCGAGAAGCACUGAAAAACAAAGGUCGAGAUUUGCGAGCUGAACAAGACAGGGCAAGGCAGGCCCUCGCCGACUUUGACAGUCAAGCUGGAAAACAAAUUAAUAAGAUUGCUCAGCAUUCCAAAGAUACUGCUACGGCUUGGAAGUGGGUCCAGGACAACCAAGAUAAGUUUGAGAAGGAAGUCUACGGGCCGCCUUUGAUUACAUGCUCUGUGAAGAACCCGAGAUAUACCGACGCUGUUGAAUCAUUGUUCCGUCAGAGCAAUAUGCUCACCAUCACAGCACAAACUCAGGCGGAUUACAAGCAAUUAAAUAACCAAUUCCAUUCUGCAGAAAUGAAGCUGGCGGAAGUCAGAAUCCAAAUGAGCACCCAGACCCUCGCCGAAACUAUCGGUCGACCACAAUUUUCUGCAGCCGAACUUAAUACUCUAGGUUUUGAUGGUUGGGCCAUUGAUUUUAUUGAUGCCCCAGAGCCAGUACUUGCAAUGUUGUGCAAUGAUAUUCGUGCUCAUAAGACAGCCGUCGCCCUUCAAGAUAUCACUAAUGAACAACAUGAAAGGAUUCUCCGCAGUGGAAUCACAUCCUUCCUGACGAAAAGCACUUCGUACAAGAUCAUGAUGCGAAGAGAAUAUAAUAACGUCUCAUCAAUCCAAACGACUGGAAUCAAUAGAGCCAGAUUUUUCGUUGAUGGCGUUGUAGACACUUCAGGGCGGCGUGUGAUCGAAGAACAUCUCGAAGAACUCGAUCGAAAAUUCGAGAUCAUGAAGAAGGAGUCCAAGGAAAUGAGUGAUAAGAUCCAGCAGUGUGCAGAUACUAUGAACCCAAAAAAAGAUGAAUUGAUGGUGAUCAAAUCCGAGAAGGAACAAAAGCAAAGGGCUCAUGGUGAACAAAGAGCUCUUCCGGGAUUGCUUGCUCGAGAGAAGGAAUCGUUGGAGAGAUUGGAGUCAUCUAGCUCUGAAUCUAGAGCAGAAAUCCAAUCAAUUCUGAAGGAGCAAGACAUUGCUGGUCUCAAGAAGGGAGAGCAAGUGAUGAAACACAUCGAGCAAAUCAAUCAGAUCAUUGCUUGCUCUGAGGAACUUGAUGAAGCCGAAGCUCGACGCAUUGAAGCAGAUUCGGAUAUCCACGCUCUACGAGAGCGCAAUCUUGGCAUUGUCGCAAACCUUGAAUCAGAACGUAAACGACUAGUGGAAAUUGAACAACAAUCAAAGCGAGCGACCGAGACUGCACGAAAUGCGCUCGCCCGUUGCGCGGAGAUCAGAACGGAGGCUGAGGAGAAAGGUGACACUGAAAUUUUAGAUUACUUCAUCAAUAUCCCUCAGGAUCAGACUGUGGAAAAUCUACAGCAUGAAAUAAACAGCGAGGAACAUAAACUCAAUUACAUUCAAGCUAACAAUCCGAAUGCUAUUCGAGAGUACGAGAAACGUCAAGUUGAUAUCAAUCGAUUAAGCACCAAGGUCACUGAUGCCGAGGAUGAACUCGGAGACUUUGCGCAGAAAGUUACUGAGAUCAUGACGAAAUGGGAACCAAGACUUGAUGCACUUGUCGAGCAUAUUAGUCAGGCGUUCUCACACAACUUUGAGCAGAUUGGUUGUGCCGGUGAAGUCGGUGUGUAUAAAGAAGACGAUUUCGAAAAAUGGGCAAUUGAGAUCAAGGUCAAAUUCAGAGAAAAUGAAACCCUCCAGCUCCUUGACAAACACCGACAAUCCGGAGGUGAACGUUCCGUCUCCACAAUCUUUUACCUCAUGUCUUUACAAUCGCUCGCUCGCUCCCCCUUUCGCGUCGUCGACGAAAUUAAUCAAGGAAUGGAUCCCCGUAACGAACGAAUGGUCCAUGGCCGUAUGGUGGAGAUCGCUUGUCAGGAACAUGAUAGCCAAUAUUUCCUCAUCACACCAAAAUUACUUCAUGAUUUGAAAUAUCAUCCAAGAAUGAAGAUCUUGGUUAUUGUUAGUGGUGAACAUAUGCCAGAGGACUAUUCGAAUUUCAGUGUGAAGGGGACGCUGGAUAUUAGGAGACGUAUGAGGAGUAUUGCUGCUGCGUAG